AUGGGCUCGGCCUCGGGGGAGGUGGGUGCAGGGUGGGCUCCGGGCUGCCCUGGUCACCACCCUCUCCUCAUCACCGAGAGCAGCUGGCAGCAGCACGGCCCGGUUCUGACACGGCCCGGCGUGCAAGGUGUGCGCCAGGUGUGCGUGGUGUGCGCGGUGUAUGCCAGGUGUGCGCCAGCGCGGCCGGAAGCCGCGGGGCGCGCGCGGGCCGGGCCCGCUGCCGGAGCCCGGCGAUGGCGCUGGCGCUGCUCGAGCCGCCGUGGCCGCCCGGCCUCCGCCGGGACAGCCCCGGCCGCGCUCACCCCGCUCUCCUUGCAGGCCGUGGAUGACUUGCUGCGCUGCGGGAUUUGCUUCGACUACUUCAGCAUCGCCGUGAUCAUCCCGCAGUGCUCGCACAGCUAUUGUUCCCUUUGUAUCCGCAAGUCUUUGUCCUACAAAACACAGUGUCCAACAUGUUGUGUGGCAGUCUCAGAAUCUGACCUGAAAAACAACCGGAUUUUAGAUGAUCUAGUGAAGAGCUUUAAUUCUGCAAGGCAGCAGCUGUUGCAGUUGGUGUUGGAAGCUCCCCCAGUUCCAUCCCCCCCGGCCCACAGCCAGCGUCCAGCUGAGAGCCACUGCAGCCCUGUGUCUCUGCCAGAGUCUAAAGAGGUGCCAGGGACUGACAGCUCCUUAAGAAAGGACAAAGUCUGCCCCUCCACGAGGGCAGGUGGCCUGGCAUGGACUGGUCAGAAGAGUUUCAAAACCGAGGAACGCCAUGACCUACACGGCACUUCUGCAGAGGCUGGUGGUCAACACAGCCAAGGGAGGUCACAGGAGAUUCCUGGGAGCACCCAAAGUCAUGAAAAGCCUUCUACAUCUGUGCUCAAAGGAGACAGGAAAGUGGAAUGUCCUGUUUGUGAGGUUGCUAUUCUGGAGCAAUACAUAAACAAACAUCUGGAUAGCUGCUUGACCAGAGGGGAGAAGAAGGACAGCCUGCGAAGUUCUGAUCACAAAAGGAAGCUGAUGUCCAAAGUUGUUUAUAACCUGCUGUCGGAUCGAGAUCUGAGGAAGAAGCUCAAGGAGCACGGUCUGUCUACCUCUGGGACCCGCCAGCAGCUCAUUAAGAGACACCAGGAGUUCGUGCACAUGUACAACGCUCAGUGUGACUCCCUGAACCCCAAGUCAGUUGCAGAGGUUGUUAAAGAGCUGGAAAAGAACGAGAAGAUUCGGGUUCAGCUGGAAUGUAACAAACCUGGUGAAAAUAGCUUGACCUUCACAAAGGACCAGACAGAGGAAGAAAUAGAUGAGAUCCACGCUGAAUAUCGAAACAAACACAGAAGUGAAUUCAAGUUCUUGGUGGAUCAAGUAAAUAAACGGUGGAAGAAAAUGGGUGAGAGGAAAGCAGAAAGUGCUCAAAACAAAGAGGAAGUUGCUGUCAAAGGGCUGCCAGCAGCCACAGAACCUGGGGAAGAGGCUCCCACAGCUGUUGUCCCUGGAGAGGCCCAAGCACUCCAGUCAGAAAUUCCUGAUGGCCAAAGCAGUGAAUCUCCUGGCCUGAGGGGGUGGCAGAGGUCAGCCUCUCCCGAGUUCUCCCUGUCGUCUGGCUCAACGUGCAGCACCAGUUCAGACAUUCUGACAGAUAUGGAAAGGUCUGAGAUGUGUUCACCGUCCUCUGACAGCAGCAGCUCCGUGGUGGCUCUGACAGGGAACAAGAGGAAGCUGCGGCGCAUCCCCGGGGACAGCGGGACCAUGCCCCAGGGCAAGAGGAAGAGGAGCUAGUGCUGCAGGAACGCCCAGCCCAGCCUGGGAAUCACCUCCUGGCUUCUGCCCGUUCUCCGGGUCCCUGGGCACUGAGUAAAAUGCUGCAUUUUCACAUCACUGCCAUUCCAGGCUGGUGGGCUGUAGGUGGUUGAGGCUGGGCACAGAGUGCCAGAGCCCUGCAGGAGCCUGGCCUGGCUCCUGUGCCCGAGUUCCCUCGCUGGUGCAGCACCUGGGCUGUGUGCUGCCACUGUUCUGCUGGCAUCCUGUGCCAGCCUCUUCUGCCCUCCUGGAGCAGCUGCAGGACGGUGCUUUGUUUGGGGGUGGGCAGGGACUGGUGGGGAGGGAGGGAGAUUCUGCCCUACACUAACAGGCUUUUUUAUAUAUGUCUGUGUAAACUUACUCAGUAUUACGUGUCAUUAUUUCAGUUUGAAGUCCUGAAACUGGAAGGAGGUGGGAAGGUUGUUGGACAUGAAGUAUUUUAGCUUUCAAGCAAAUAGUUACAUUGAAAAGUCUGAUCUUCCUGAGGAGGUGGUGGGAUUCUGUGGUGCAAGAAAAUGAAGGAAAUGCAAGCAAUCUGAACAUCAGGGAGGGCUUUGAAAAAUAAAGCUUGUAAGCAAAAUAUGAAAAUUCUUCAGGUGCUUUUGCUGAGCCCUGAAGUUUUGGUCAGAGCCUGUCAGUGGGAGCUUGGCAAAGAAGACACAAAGUCUGGGUAAGAUUGAGGGUUAUUGUGUCUUGACUUCAGAGUGAAGCUGGGAUUCAGAAAUAAUCCUCCUCAAGCCAUGGUUCCCGGGAAUAUUUGUGUCUGGAACAGGCUAAAUCAUGGCAGAUAUAAACUGUCAUAAGUGUGUGAGGUGGAGAGAUGCAAAGCAGAAAUCUGGUUGUGUUGAUUUGGUACUUUUUUUACUAAAUGAA